CCCCAAGCAGCCGGUUACUCGCGUCUGGGAGGCUGCAGUCACCAGGGGCUCUGCAGAGACCACAGCGGAGCGUCCAUGGCCACCGUAGCGGAGCAAGGAAAGAUGUGGGUUUUUGGUUACGGGUCCCUGAUCUGGAAGGUGGACUUUCCCUAUCAGGACAAGCUGGUCGGAUACAUCACAAACUACAGCAGGCGCUUCUGGCAGGGCAGCACGGACCACCGCGGGGUCCCUGGCAAGCCUGGAAGAGUUGUGACUCUUGUUGAAGAUCCUGGGGGUUGUGUAUGGGGUGUAGCUUACAGAUUGCCAGUAGGAAAGGAAGAAGAAGUAAAAGCAUUCCUUGACUUCAGAGAGAAAGGAGGCUACAGGACCACAACGGUCAUUUUUUAUCCAAAAGAUCCCACAACAAAACCAUUCAGUGUGUUGCUAUAUAUUGGAACAUGUGAUAAUCCUAAUUAUCUUGGUCCUGCACCUCUGGAAGACAUUGCUGAACAAAUUUUUAAUGCAGCUGGUCCAAGUGGAAAAAAUACAGAAUAUCUUUUUGAACUUGCAAAUUCUGUUAGGAACCUUGUGCCAGAAGAUGCAGAUGAGCAUCUUUUCUGUUUGGAAAAAUUAGUAAAGGAACGUUUAGAAGGAAAAUAAAACCUCAACUGCAUAUAAAGACCUACUUAUUGACUUUUCCAAACAGAGUUUUUAGUCUUCAGAGAAUUAAUUUCAAUGCACAAUGGCAAUAUGGUUUGAAAUGUGUUUACUUAAAAGGUGUUACUUAUUUUUAAUGUAGUCAUGAUAUUAUCUAAAUUUAUAGUUUAAUUUCAAGUGUACCGAAACACAUAUAAUCAAAAGACUGAGAUACAGUGAGAGAAAAAUUCAAGUUUUAAUAACAUAAUAAUUUCCUAACUAUGAAAUUGAACACUUGUUCAUUGGAAGUGAGUUCUUCAGAAAAAUACAGUGAAGUACUUAAUUCAGUUCUUGUUUUUAUCAGAGUAAAAAAAAUAGUAUUGUUUCAUAUGACAAUACUAUUUUGAAAUUAUAGAGAAUUAAACCAAAAGUCCAAUAAAUUUAAGGAUAUGCCUUCAAUAUAUUCCUUUACAAAUCUGUAAAUGUAACUAUGGUUUAAAAUAUGCACGUUUAAAAUAAUGUGUGUUUAGAAACAUGGUAAUAUAGACAAGAUUUCAGCCUUGAUAUUGUUUAUUUCCUUGUUGUUCACGUAUUAAAUGAGACCCUUUCAAAUUUGAGCCAAAAAUUGGCAUUUUUUUCUUUUCCAGUUUUCUUACCCUUCACAGAAAUUUUUCCCCUCCCCCCACAGAAAUUUUUUUAACUACAGUGUUCCACUUCCUUAAUUCAUUUUAAUGUCUCUCUAAUCCAACUUUACUCUGCCGUACUCUACCCAAUCAUUGUAGUCUCAAGUCUCCAAUGACCAGUUCGUGAUUCAAUCCAAAGAUUUCAGAUUCCACCCUACUCUGAUGCAUCAGAUACUAGUGAUCAAGCAGCCCAUGUCACUAAGGUCGAAAAAGCUGAACGUUUCAUUGUAUUUCCAUUUACAGCUCUCAAGACUAUUCAUUAUCAGAUACACAAACUCAUCAAAUCCUAGGCUUCAAUUAACUAUUUUUACUUGGAUAGCUUCCAAUCCCUAGCCUACUUUCUCAACCUCUUUACAAUUAUAUAUGCCUAUUACAUGAUGGCAUUUCAUUGAGCUACACAAGCAUGAAAACUUAGUAUACUAAAAACAGAAUUCAUAUCCCUUCCAAACUAAAAAUAGUUUUCCCACAUUACCUUCCUGCACAUGAUACACCUUAAAUGCUGAACAAUAGUUAGACCAGGAAAAAAAUAAACAGGUUUUUAAAAGAUACUUAUAUCAAUUUAUAAGCCUUUAAAGAAUGGAUGGUAUUUUCAUCAUAUACAUAAAAUGUAGUUGCACAUUCUUAUAUUAAAUUAAGUUUAUUUUACAAAACUCUAUAUAACAUUAAAAGAGUUGGAAAAAAAUUUAAUUGAAAGGCCAUUAGGCUGAGAUGGCUCCAGCACCUUGAGUUCCUAUGUAAGCAAACUGAAGCCCAAUAUAAACAGUAAAACAAAACUUAAUUUUUGUUUUUUAUUUCUAUUUGUUUAAUUAUAAGUUGGCAAAUUUUAUUGUAUAUACUUCUGGGGUACAAAGUGAUGUUGUUAUGUGUUAAUACAAUGUGGAAUUAAA